AUGAAGUUCUUCACCGAAUUAGCUUUAUGUUGGGGUGGAGCCAUAGUGAGUCCGGCGGCGGAGAGCACCGUUAGUGGGCGGCGGCGGGAGGAGGAGCACUGGCCAAGGAACUGCAGCCAUGAACAUGCAGCAAGUGGAGUAAGGAAAAACAAACCCUACAAGCAUUGGAAACCCAAUCUUCAUGCAAUUUCCGAAGACCGGCCAAUUUAUGAUCUAAACCAACAGACAGUCAGAUCUGAUCAUAAUGAACAACCCCAUAAAGUCAAACAUAAAUCUACUAUUAAGGUUGUACCACCACCAAGUCACCCUGACAACUACAGGAAAUCGUCCCAUCUUUUUGCCCUCCUCGCGUUCUCUCCGACACCUUUUAUGAUCUGA